AUGCUGGGGCCCUGGCUGCUGCUGCUGUCCUGGGGGGGAGCCCUGCUCAGUGCUGGUCUGGACGACAGCUCUUUUGCCAGCCCAGGCCCCCAGGGGCUGAAGGACUCUGCGCAGACAGUCCCCGACAAGGGCUGGUGCUCCACGUGGGGGGCCGGCCACAUCUCCACCUUCGACGGCCACGUGUACGAUUUCUCGGGGACGUGCAAUUAUGUCUUCGCGGCCAUCUGCGAGCAGGCGUCCCCCAGCUUCAGCGUCCAGCUGCGGCGCACGCCAGACGGGAGCCUCUCCCGGAUCAUCGUGGAGCUGGGGGCCACCGUCGUCACCGUGAGCGGGGGGACCAUCUCCGUCAAGGACAUCGGGUAG